AUGUUCUACAUGCAUCUGCUCAUCAACAAGCGUGGGCCCUUGGCCAAAAUCUGGCUGGCUGCCCACUGGGAGAAGAAGCUCACCAAAGCUCAUAUAUUUGAGUGCAAUUUAGAGACAACAGUUGAGAAGAUCGUCUCACCAAAGUUUACAAUAGCUCUGAGGACCUCUGGGCACUUGCUCCUGGGAGUGGUGAGGAUUUACCACAGGAAAGCCAAGUACCUCUUGGCAGACUGUAGUGAAGCUCUGACUAAAAUGAAGACAGCCUUUCGCCCAGGUCUUGUUGACCUUCCAGAAGAGAAUUUUGAGGCUGCUUAUCAAUCUGUGACAUUGCCAGAAGAGUUUCACGAUUUUGAGACACCACUCCCUUCUCUGAAUGCCAUCAGUGUUGUUGACCAUUUCUCCUUGAACCAGAGCAGAGCUGAAGACAUCACACUCACAGAGGGGUUUGAAAGCAACAUAAUUCUCUGUGACAGCAACUUUGGUGAGAGAAGUUGA